GCGUGCGGAUCUGAAUACUAGUAAUCCGAUAUUUCGGAAGGUAUGGGUACGUUUAAAUUGGUCAUCGUAGUAGUACUAAUCACCGUUACCGGAGGCCAACUCUUGCCGGAGAACACGUGCCCCACCUAUUUCCAAUACGUGAACGAUGCCUUUGGAGGAGUCCAGGGAGAGUUGACCUUACCUGGACUGGCUCAGGGCAGAAAUCGCAUCGAUGUGCGAUUCACUCAGCGCGGCGAUCAAGACGCCUCUGCAGUGGGUGCUCUGAGCCCCUAUCCAGACGAGAGGGCGGCAAGGGCCAGUCCGGCGCGAUUCCGGGUCAGCCUCCGGCCGAACCUUUCCACGGGAAUUCUGCCCAAGUUGUCGCGGCUCUCCUACAAUGAGCAGCUCUUAUGCUCGGCCAGCGAAUAUGGUCCACCCAAUAGUUUUUUCAACCGCUUCUACGAACUGCAUGUAAGUGGACCUCCGGUACCCUUACCCUCCUCCAGCUUUACGCCCUUCCCUCGAGAUCCAUUCGACGUGGAUGUUCAGACAAUUUUCUUUGGCCCUGGCUCCCAAGGCAAUGAGGUAAUCCCUGGCUUCACCCAGAGCUGGCGGUCAUCGGUGAUCAGUAACAGGCCAGAGGUGCUCCCACCAGCAGUGCCCACAUCACCAGCCCUUAGGCCUAGUUCGUGGCCGACGUUUUCGGUUCCAGGACCUCCUCCAACUCAGUCCCCAACUCAAGCGCCGAUUCCAAGCACAGCAGCACCACCGUCCCCACCACCAAAAAUCCCAGCACCAUCGGUGGAAACUGUUCUUCCCCCUGAUUCUGCUCCGAGGAUUAGCCCUACACCGCCAAUUUCAAACGCAAACGAAGUGUGCGGCCAAGAGGGUCGAUGGUCAUCAUUCAUUUACAAGGGACAGGAAUAUAGUCGCGGAAAAUAUCCGUGGCUUACGGCCAUUCAUCACGCCAGGUCGGGCCAGCGAUCCUUUGUGUGCGGCGGAUCUCUUUUAUCCACGAAUAUGGUCAUCACCGCCGCUCACUGCGUUUACAAAAUGGAAACUCAUAAUAUUUUUAUUGAGCUGGGCCGCCAUGAUCUCUACGACAACGACGAGAUUGUGGCGGAGGUGCGGAAUGUAAAGGGAUUGCUGCUUCAUCCAGAAUAUAAUAGUCGCACCCAGCCCGAUGCGGAUGUCGCUUUGGUUACCAUGGAGCGACCCGUCGUGUUCAACGACAUCAUCAGCCCAAUUUGCCUUUGGACAGUGGAGGAAAGCAACACAUUAGCCACCUCAGGAUUCGUUGCUGGCUGGGGCCAGGAUGAGGUGGGCAACGAGAAGACCCAGUACCCUCGGGUCGUCGAGACUGAGUUUGGCAGUGCGACAGAAUGUGCCAGUCGGUGGAGGGUUCCAAGGGUAACGGAUCGCACCCUCUGCGCCGGAAACCGUGAUGGCUCCGGGCCUUGCUUCGGCGACUCUGGUGGCGGACUGAUGGUCCGGCGACACAAUCGAUGGCUUCUUCGGGCCAUCGUGUCGGUGGGUGAACGGGAGCGCAAUCGAUGCCAAUUAAAUCAAUUCGUUCUUUACUGUGAUCUGGCCAAGCAUCUUGCCUGGAUAAACGACAACCUCCUCUGAGAUUCGGAAUAUCUAUUUAAGUUAUAAAAAUAGAAAUAAAAACUCAAGCCAAAGCAA